AUGGUAGCUCUACCAACACAGAACCAGCUCUACGCUUUUUACAUUUCACGCUGUGCGCACCACCGUGUGGGUAAACCAAACAAACAGGUGCUUGAUCUGCUUUAUGAAGAUGAGCUUAGUCGACUGUCAUGGCAACAAGCUGAAGCUGAAGAGCACCACAUCUCUUUAGAGGAGCUCCGUGAUAUUGAGGGGGACACUUCCUUCACUCCACAGACUAACGAUACCCCAUUGUCGCUGAAAACGACGUUUAGACUGCCAAGCUCCCUAUUGGACGAUGGACCGGUCCAUGUCGGAGCUCGCGGCAUGCUUGCUAUUCUAGAUCUCAUUCAGGAGCUGCCGUUGCUUGAGGAAGUGGAUCUAUCCAACGUGACCUCGUGGUAUAUCGUUGAUGCGUCUGCUCACACAAGGAGUGGCGCACCGGACGGGAAUGCGGUGGUCAAGCGACUAUGCGAGGUGGCUAAGAGACUACCGGCGCUGCGCAAGCUUGAUUUGUGCACGCAGCCCAUCGGGACGAUGGCCGCCCACGAUUUGCUCGAUGCUAUUCAAAGCUGCCGGCGCCUCGUGGAGGUGUCUUUUUGCCGCAAAGCGGUAGCGUGCAGCCUGUGCCUCACUAUCGAUGAGGCUCUCGAUAAAAAUCGCGAGGCGUUUGCGCAGUUGCCUCCCCCUAGUCUCCCAGAGACUUUACCCCCAUAUUUAUCCCGUAUCCUGCCGUUGGAUCGCAAGACAUUGCGUGAGCAACAGCAGCUUCGCUGGCUGCUUAUGGAAGAUGUUAACUUUACCGGUGCGGUGACCGAGGAAGAGCUCAGUGAGAUAGUUCUGCAUGCGCGUUUGAUGAGCACUAGUGAGGUUGUCUGGCGUUGCAGCAAAGGUGGGCUGCGCGGGGACGGUGUGCAUCUUUUCGUACUGAAGGAUGGUUCUCUUCGAGCUUAUCCUGAUCUAGAGGGCCUCAAGCUCAGUCGUGGCGACUAUUUUGGUGAUACCUAUGGACACGUGAUCAUGUACCCAUCGAGCAGUAUUGUCGAGACGGAUCGAGGUGUUGUGUACGCAAUUCCGCUGGAGUGCUGCCGCACUUUAUUAGGGGUAUGGAAAGAACGAGUCUCUAAACUUUACUCUCAGUUGCGUUCGUUUCCAAUUAUGCAGGUGGUAGACACAUGGACUCGUGUCCGCCUCUGCACAUGCUCCCAGGUGCAAUCCUACAAGCCGGAGGAAAUCGUGCUGAACGUUGGCGACUGUAAGCAGGCCGUAUGGAUUGUCUGUAGCGGCUUCUUUGAGGCUUCGGCUGGGACGAUGGAGGAUAAAGUGGCAACUGGUCGCUAUGAAGCCCACCGGUUUGUCAAAGCAGAUGUGUUUGGUAUUGAAAGCAUCGUUGCUCGUAAGGGUUGUAGCUCGGUCACCAUAUCGGCGGGAAAGGAAAAGACGACAAUUUACUCCGCUGCAGUGGUGCGCGGCUCCGCCAUUCGAAUUAUUUCAAACAGUAUACGAAGCGUAUUCGUGUCUCUUGCACGUCCAUAUUCCCUCCAUGAUGAUCUACGUCGUAUUGCCUCGAAGGAUUUGGAGCGUGGCGCCUGCUUUUCGAUUAUCUGA